CCAAAGAGAGUCGUGUUCUGUUGUGGUGAAGUGAAGUGAGAUAGAAGCAAAGUGAGAGAGAGAGAGAGAGAAGAGAUGAAGAUGAGAGGAUCUGAUCAAAAGAUUCUUCUACUGAUGUUUAUGGUGGUUGUAGCCACGGCUCGAGGUGAUGAGUAUAGUGGGUUCACGACAUGGAACGAUAAUUGGUACUCAACAUGGGGACAUCCAGCUUUGGUUUUUAAUGAAACCUCUGAGCUCCACCUCACCCUUGAUCAUAACUCUGGGUCCGGGUUUGAAUCCUACAAGAUAUACGGAUCAGGAUCUUUCAACAUAAGAAUCAAGGCACCACAAACCAAGUCUACGGAAGUCAUUACUUCCUUCUACUUAAUCUCCAAAUCAAGCCGUCAUGACGAGCUCUGUUUCCAGAUUUUGGGAAAGGGGCCACAGUAUUUGCUGAAUACAAACAUGUUUAUGUUCGGUGAAGGAGGCAAAGAUCAAAGGUUUCGUCUUUGGUUCGAUCCAACCAAAGAUUUCCAUUCCUAUAGGUUUCUUUGGAACCCAAACCAACUUGUGUUCUACGUAGACGAUACACCGAUCCGGGUGUACAAGAAGAAUCCAUACUACCCAUCAGUGCAGACAAUGUUCAUAAGUGGGAGUGUGAAAAACGGAUCAAUAGUUGACCCCAAGGAGAUGCCUUACACUGCCAAGUUCCAGGCAUCAAAGAUUGACGGGUGUGACACUGAGUUUAUGGGCAUAGAGAAAUGCUUUGGUCCUAAAUUCUGGUGGAAUCGCAAAGAGAACUGGCAGCUAAGCGCUAGAGAGAGGAAACUGUAUCUGAAUGCAAGGAAGGUGUACCUGGAUUACGACUAUUGCUUUGACAGAAAGCGAUAUCCAAAGAUGCCUCAAGAAUGCAGAAGUUACGGUUAGAGAAAGAUCAAUACCUGUCAAAAGGUGAGCCAAGAAAACGAAAGAAAAAAAAAUGAAAAAAGAAAUGUUACUUUAACAUGCUUUGUAAUAAGCUGUUCCUAUCAAAUAUUAAUCAUCGAUUAAAAAUAACAACUUUCUUUUCAUC